GUUCUCCCUUGAAGAUAAAGAAGAACUUGCGAACAGCACAAAGGAUAUUGAUGCUAAUCUCUUAGCAGUACUUCCCAAAGUUUCAGAAUUAAGAAAACUCUUUGAACCAAACAACCGAGAUUUUUUGGAAAUGAAAAGAAAGGAAAGAAUAGCUAGGCGCUUAGAGGGAAUUGAGAAUGAUACACAGCCUAUUCUUCUACAAAACUGCCCAGGAUCAGUCACACACCGUUUGCUAGAGGAAGAUACACCAAGAUAUAUGCGAGCAACUGACCCAUACAGCCCCCACCUAGGAAGAUCAAAUGAGGAGGAGGAAACUUCAGAUUCUUCUGUAGAGAAACACCCCAGAUCAUCCAGAUACCGAUCGGAAACCACAGGAAGUAAGAAAGAGCCCUUGUACAGUACAGCAAAUAUGGAUGUCCAGGAACUGGAGUCAAAAGCAGAGAGAAUAGCCAGGUACAAGGCAGAGAGGCGACGCCAGCUGGCAGAGAAGUAUGGAUUAGCCCUUGAGUCUGAUUUGGAUUCUGACUACUCAUCCAGAUAUAUACGGGCAAGGAAAGAUCCUGACAGCGUGGAAAGAAAGGGAGUGAAAAGUGAAAGGCAAGAUGAUGAAAACAAGGACUAUGGCAGCCUCUAUUUUUCCAGGACUGAGACAAAGUCAUCAAAGAGUGCGAUUUCUGAUUCCAAAGAGUACUCCAGCCGUGAAGAUAAAGAUGACCUCUCAAAUGAAAAGGGUGUUAGAAAAGCAGAUGACAGUGCCAUUAGACAGGCUUCUGAGCCUUCAGCAACCUUGGAUAGCUCUGCCUCCCUUUCCCUUUCUGGACGAGACUCUUCCUGCUAUAACGAAGUGCCAAUGCCACCAAAGCAAACCCCCCGAGAGUCCCUCUCCUCACCCAAGCGGGCAGCCUCACCCACCCACUUGCAGAAUGACCAGCCCUUGCACAGUAACAGCAGACAAAGUGCAGGGAAAGCAAAACCUGAAUGGUUUCUUCAGAAAGAUUCGGAAGGGGACACACCUUCACUUAUCAGCUGGCCCUCCAGAGUAAAAGUUAGAGAGAAAUUGGUGAAAGAGGAAAGUGCUCGUGGAAGCCCUGAACUUGCCACAGACACAGUAUCUCAGAGAAAAUCCCAUCCAGUGCCAGCCCACUACAUGCCUCUCCAGACAGAAACGUCUGCCUUUGAUAGGGCUCUAAAUCAGCCCGUCAGUUCCGUCCGCCAGCCGAUCCAUGGCUAUAUCCAGCCUGCUGGCAUUGCUCACACAGCUCAGCUGAUGGCAGCAGAAGAACCAGCAAACAGCCCUGCUGGCAGCCUCCUCCCCACAGACACAAAGCCCUCAGCAGCCCCUGCCUCGGAGAGUGAAAAGAAGGAAGCACCUGGUUACGGAGCAAAACCUGCUGGAGAAGAUUCCUUGGAAGGGGAACAGGCCUCCAAAGGCAGAAGGCCCAUUCUGCCAUCUGAGAUUCGCAAGCAAGGGAAGAACCACGAAGGCCUCUUUGGCGGAGGAGAAUUGGAGACCCCUGUGGGGAGCUCCUCCUUUGCAAGCAAGCUGAAAGUUAACUCAGAAGUUCAGAGGGAGUUGGAAUGCAAUAAGAGGCAGGCCCCAGAGCAGCAGUUUAAGACCCCUGAGAACGUAGAAAGGAGUGAAGCUGUCAUGUACAUACAGAGCGGAUCUGUACUGCAGCCUGACAAGGCACAGGCUCCUGUUUGGAAAGUGUCAACAAAGCAUAAGGUCCUGACUCGCUCCAUGUCUGACUAUACUGUGACUACUAAGCUAGAACCUUUUAAAAGCAAGGAGAGCAUGGAAGCAAAUCCACCAAAUGGUGAGAUUGGCAUGGUUGACACAAAAGUCUCUGUUGCCCAGCUCCGUAAUGUCUUUCUGGAGUCUGCUAAUGCCAACAAGAAAACGGAACUUGAGUCUCGGUUUGAGAUGUCAGCAGCAGGUAGUACUGUGUCUGCCAAUGGGGACCGUGGGCCACGGAAGGCAAGGCGCUACUUUACACCUGGUGAAAAUAGAAAGACUUCUGAGAGGUUUAAAACUCAACCUAUAACAUCAGCAGAACGAAAGGAGACAGAUAGGUCAAUCUUGUAUGCAGAAAUACCAACUGCUGACGAUGAAGAAAAAUUGGAUGACCGAGCUAAACUAAGUGUAGCUGCAAAGAGACUCCUUUUUAGAGAAAUGGAAAAAUCAUUUGAAAUGAAGAAUAUUCCCAAGCCACCUGUCAGAAGCUCGGCGGUGGAGAGGAGGCUGCGGCGCUUGCAGGACAGGUCCCACACCCAGCCCAUCACCAGCGAGGAGGUGGUCAUUGCAGCCACUGAAACUAGCCCUGCUUCACGUUCUGUGAAUACCCACACAGUAGUGACAAGAGUACCUAGUCCCACUGUAGUUAAGAGCACUGUACAACCUACCAGCUUGCAGGCAUCAGCACACCAAAAAAUUUUAGCUAAAGAGGAGAUAAGAGCAGCCAAAGAGGUGAUGGGGCAAGAUCAGUCUGAGGAACCAGAUUCUUCCACCUUAAGCUUGGCAGAAAAGAUGGCUUUGUUUAACAAACUGUCUCAGCCAGUGUCCAGGGCCAUCUCCACGAGGAAUCGGGGAGAUCUGAGGCACAGGAGGAUGAAUGCUCGUUACCAGACUCAGCCAGUCACCCUUGGAGAAGUUGAGCAGAUGCAAUGGAAAAAAAAUAAACUGGUCCAGAGUGAAAGUGGAAAGCUCGCUCCCCUGUCACCUGCAGUUGCAACAUCGAUUUCAGCCAUGGCCUCUGCCCUGGCUCCCUUGCUUGGGGACCUGCAUGGGAAGCUGAGCCCUGAUGGCAGAGGGAGCGCUGGCACCAGGUUCCACCCUGCAGCAGAAAACUUGGACUCUUCAGGAAAACACACACACAAGUCAGAGCAGUGGCAGCCCUCCAUGGAAGCCCUAGAAAGCAAAAAAGCAUCAAAGAAACAUGAAGAAGAAAGAAAGAGGUUUCUAGCCCAUGAAGCUAAUGAAAUUAAAAAGUACAGCUCCUUUGAGGAUGAAACCACACAUCCUGUUCCUGAAAAAGCAGGAGACCACCAUAAAGACACAGCAUACAGCUUCCUGAGGAAAGGCAGCUUGGAACUGUUUGGUUCACAAGCACUUUUUCAGCCCCUGGAACAGAAGGAAAUCGAUACUGGCAUGCAAGGUAAAUGGGAAGACAAAAAAGGCCAGUCCUUUGAAGAAAAGGUGGAUUUGGAAAGUGUUCUGAAAAGCAAGACUUGGCAAAGAGACCAUGCUGAGCCUUCUUCUGAACUCACCAGCACAUCAGCCAUGAGGACAGUUUCACAAACAGCAGCUGCAGCAUCCUGUAGACUGCAGGAGCUCUCUGAACAAUUGGAAGGCAAAUUUUAUAAGAAUUCCUGUGAGAUGUUUUCCAUGGGAGAGAGCAAAGCACAAACAGCUGAGGAUGUCCUCGAUAAUGCCAGCAAAACUAUGUCAAUUAAGGAAAGGUUGGCACUGCUGAAGAAGAGUGGUGAAGAAGAUUGGAAGAGCAGGCUCAGCAAAAAGCAGGAGUAUGCAAAGGUGGCCGUCGCUGAUCGCAGUGCGCAGAUGCAAGAAGUUGAGCAGCUGUUGAAGAAGGAACCUGUAUAUGCUUCUACUUACUCUCCUGUUAUACCUGCUCUCCAUAAAUUUCAUCCUUUUCUACCUAUUAAUCAGGUCUGUAGUACUAGUUUGAAAGAAUCAAGCUCUCUGAUUUCUGAUGACCGUCAUCCUUGGAGAUGGAAGCAAAGAAUGGCAGAUAACCAGGAGAGUCAGAUGACCAUUGAGGAGAGGAAACACCUGAUUUCAGCUCGAGAAGAAGCCUGGAAGUCCAAGGGAAAAGGAGCAGCCAAUGACUCCACACAGUUCACUGUGGCUGGCCGAAUGGUAAAAAAAGGCCUGGCUUCCCCAAGUGCACUGACACCAACAGCAUCCCCUUUCCGGCAGAAGUCUACCACCCCAGUUACAAAGCCCUUGGAAGAAAUUGAAGCCAGGCCUGACAUGCAGUUGGAAUCAGAUAUGAAGCUUGACAAGUUGGAGUCAUUCUUGGGAAGGCUGAAUAACAAAGUUGCUGGGAUGCAAGAGACAGUGCUGACAGUUACAGGAAGGUCUGUGAAAGAGGUGAUGAAGCUGGAUGAUGAUGAAACAUUUUCCAAAUUUUAUCGCCAUGUGGAUUUCCCUUCCUCCUCAGUGCCUUUGGACUUUAAUGAGGACUUCGAUGCCAUCUUUGAUCCUUAUGCACCAAAGUUGACAUCUUCUGUAGCAGAGCACAAACGUGCAGUUAGGCCCACACGCAGAGUCCAGUCCUCCAGAAACCCCCUGAAAAUGCUUGCAGCAAGACAAGAUAUUCUGCAUGAGUAUACUGAACAAAGACUGAAUGUUGCCUUCAUGGAGUCAAAGAGAAUGAAAGUAGAAAAAAUGUCUACAAAUUCAAAUUUCUCAGAAGUAGCACUUGCUGGCCUGGCAAGCAAAGAGAAUUUCAGCAACAUUAGCCUGCGGAGUGUUAAUCUAACAGAGCAGAACUCUAACAACAGUGCUGUGCCAUACAAGAAGCUAAUGCUCCUGCAAAUUAAAGGAAGAAGACAUGUUCAAACAAGAUUAGUUGAACCAAGAGCCUCAUCACUGAACAGCGGAGACUGUUUCCUGUUGUUAACUCCACAUUUAUGUUUCUUGUGGGUAGGAGAGUUUGCAAAUGUCAUAGAAAAAGCAAAGGCUUCAGAACUUGCAACUUUAAUUCAGACAAAGAGGGAACUUGGCUGUAGAGCUUCUUAUAUACAGACUAUAGAAGAAGGAAUAAAUACCCAUACCCACGCAGCCAAAGACUUCUGGAAACUCCUUGGUGGACAGACAAAUUACCAGUCCGCUGGAAGUCCUGAAGAAGACGAAAUGUACGAAGCUGCAAUAAUAGAAACAAAUUGCAUUUACCGCCUUGUAGAGGAUAAACUCAUUCCUGAGGAUGACUACUGGGGCAAGGUGCCAAAAUGUACCCUGCUACAACCAAAAGAGGUGCUGGUGUUUGAUUUUGGCAGUGAAGUAUAUGUAUGGCAUGGAAAAGAAGUUACUUUAGCACAAAGAAAAGUGGCAUUCCAGCUGGCAAAACACUUGUGGAAUGGCACCUUUGACUACUCCAAUUGUGAUAUAAAUCCUCUGGACCCCGGAGAAUGCAAUCCCCUCAUACCCAGAAAGGGACAAGGACGCCCAGACUGGGCUGUAUUUGGCAGACUCACAGAACAUAACGAGACAAUACUGUUCAAAGAAAAAUUUCUUGAUUGGACAGAACUGAAGAAACUCAAUGAGAAGAAUUCUAGUGAAUCCCUUCACCAGAAGGAAGAAUCCAGAUCUGACUCUAAACCAUAUGAUGUCAUGCUAAUGGUAGCUGUGCCUCAAACAACUGUGGGCACGGUCUUGGAUGGAAUGAAUAUUGGCCGGGGUUAUGGACUGGUAGAAGGAGAAGAUGGGAGGCAGUUUGAAAUUAUCACUGCCUCUGUGGAUGUCUGGCAUAUCCUGGAAUUCGAUUAUAGUAGACUGCCUAAGCAAAGCAUAGGGCAGUUCCAUGAGGGGGACACAUACGUGGUGAAGUGGAAGUACAUGGUGAGCACUACAGUUGGAAGCAGACAAAAAGGAGAGCAACAAGUACGGGCUGUUGGAAAAGAGAAAUGUGUGUAUUUCUUUUGGCAAGGAAGGCACUCCACAGUGAGUGAGAAAGGAACAUCAGCUCUCAUGACAGUGGAGCUUGAUGAAGAGAGAGGAGCACAGGUACAAGUCCUUCAAGGGAAAGAACCACCGUGCUUCUUGCAGUGUUUCCAAGGAGGGAUGAUUGUGCAUGCUGGAAGAAGGGAAGAGGAAGAAGAAAAUGCACAAAGUGAUUGGAGGCUUUAUUGUGUGCGAGGAGAAGUUCCCAAUGAAGGAAACUUACUUGAAGUAGCGUGUCACUGCAGCAGCCUGCGGUCCAGGACAUCCAUGAUUGUCCUCAAUAUCAACAAAGCUCUCAUCUACCUGUGGCAUGGCUGCAAAGCACAGGCUCACACCAAGGAUGUAGGAAGAACAGCAGCCAAUAAAAUAAAAGAACAGUGUCCACUGGAGGCAGGGCUGCACAGCAGCAGCAAGGUGACGAUUCAUGAAUGUGAUGAAGGGUCAGAGCCCUUGGGAUUCUGGGACGCCUUGGGGAGGAGAGAUCGGAAGGCCUAUGACUGCAUGUUGCAAGAUCCUGGAAAGUUUAAUUUCACGCCCCGCCUGUUCAGCCUCAGUAGUUCAUCAGGAGAAUUCUCAGCCACUGAGUAUGUUUACCCUUCAAGAGACCCUGCUGUCAUCAAUUCCAUGCCAUUCUUGCAAGAGGAUCUUUACACUGCCCCACAGCCAGCCCUCUUCCUUGUUGACAAUCACCAUGAAGUGUACCUGUGGCAAGGCUGGUGGCCUGUGGAGAACAAAAUCACUGGAUCAGCUCGAAUCAGGUGGGCUACGGACAGGAAAUGCGCCAUGGAGACGGUGCUGCGGUACUGCAAAGGAAAAAAUGUAAAGAAGCCACCCAAAUCCUAUCUAAUUCAUGCUGGCCUAGAACCUCUGACAUUCACUAAUAUGUUCCCAAGUUGGGAGCACAGGGAAGACAUCGCAGAGAUCACAGAAAUGGACGCUGAGGUUUCUAAUCAGAUAAUACUUGUAGAGGAUGUGCUGGCCAAGCUGUGUAAAACAGUGUAUCCAUUAGCAGAUCUCUUAGCUAGGCCUCUGCCUGAGGGAGUUGAUCCACUGAAGCUUGAAAUUUACCUUUCAGAUGCGGACUUUGAGGUUGCAUUAGAGAUGACAAGAGAGGAGUACAAUGCACUGCCAUCUUGGAAGCAAGUUAACCUGAAGAAGGCAAAAGGACUUUUCUAAGCUGUGUUUAUGGAAGUGAGCACUAAAGGGAUGUCCACUCUCACUUUCUAUGUCCUUUAGAAGAGUUGUACCCUACAUUUACAGAACAAAUAAAAAUAAUUCGAAGUUAUUAGUGACUACCUAUCUGGAGGUGUGUAAUAUUAUAAUAAAAGGCCAAGAGAACUCUUUGAAAAUGGAAUUCAAUUUUGACUCUUAAAGGUAAUGUUUUUAAGCUCCGUUCUCCUAUGCACUUAAACAGUAGUUUCUUGAGCUACUGCUGCAGGUGUCCUUUGGCUAUAUCCAAUACUUGCCAUUUUUGUUUUUAAAGAAGUUCUCUUUGUAAAGUGUUAUUUUGUUAGUUUGUGGAUUACAAAGAAUUUAUAUUUAUAUAAACACAUAGAACAAGUAUUUAACAAUGCAAUAUGUAUUCACUUUCAAGACUUCCAUGUCAAAACUACAGAAAAGUAGCUGAUGGCAGUUGCUUGUACUGAAUUAGCUAUACCACCAAUAUGUAUCUCCUUUGCAUUCUGAAAAGUUUCUCUUUGCAAUAGUUAAUGAAUUGUUCUCAGUGCUGCUUCAGGUGCUAAACUGAAAAAAGCAUUUGUAUUUAUAGCAUGGAUUUCUUGAGAAACUAUGCGAAUCAACCUUUAUACUUUAUUAUCCAAAAAUGUAUAGUGCCUUGUUUUUUGUGUACAGUUUAUAUACAAAAAAAAGAAGAUUGGUCUGCAUUUUGAAGAUGGCUUAGAAUGGUCUCCUAUGUUACUUUUAUAAUAGUAGAAAUAAAAACAUCUCAGUUUCUAAUCCUUGUUGUAAACAUUAAACAUGUCUUUUGUGAUAUAAGAACCGAAAGGAAAAGCUUCUGAAUAAACUCUUAGCGAUGCUCUGACUUGUCAUUAAUUUGUACUGUAAUCUGUACUAGCAUUGGAACCUCCCAUAACAUAGUAUUUUCUCAAAAUAUUUUAACCUUUGAUAUCUGUGGGUAUUGUACAGAGUUAUAAUUUGAGAAGCAGAUAAUGUAGAAAAUAAUCAAUGUAUGAGAUAAAGUUGGGCAGAACUUUAAUGCUGAAUAUUGGAACCUGUCAGUCACACAACUCUGUAUUCUUUGGGUUUCCCUGUUUUAUAUAUGAAACCAAAAUUAUUAUGCUGGUUUUCAAAAUUUGAAAAAAUCUUUUCAACCUUUGUGCAAUUGGGAGUAAAAUUUGAAUUGAAAAUGA